AUGGUUCGAAUUCCGCGCGACAGCGCGCCUUCAGAAGUGAAUCGCUCAGAAGCAUCUGAUGCCGAUGCUGAGAGAGGGCGGCUACUAUCUGGAAAUGAUGAAGAAGCCGAAGAGAGCUAUGCGGACGCAGAGCGACUUGAGAACUGGCAUACAGAGCACAAGCGUCGAGAGACUCGACGAUGGAGCUACCUUGUCAUGGUAAUCAGCACAAUUGCAUUAAUCACAGUUCUUGCUAUUUGGGUUCACAACAACACACUGUCAUCGGGAUGUGAAUAUGACGGAAGCUGCAAUGACAUUUCCAAGCUCUGGGGACAAUAUUCUUCCUUCUUCUCUGUCCCAUCAGAGAUUGAUUCGUCAACACCGGAUGAUUGCGAGGUGACCAUAGGAAUUGCCCUGUCUCGCCAUGGAGCUCGAUAUCCAACCGCUGGCAAGACUACAGCAUACAGCGCCACCAUUGCUCGCCUCCAGAAAUCAGUAACCAAUUAUGGCAAGGGCUACGAAUGGCUCAAGGACUACGAAUACAACCUCGGAUCUGAGGAUCUGACCGAUUUUGGUCAAGACCAGAUGAUUGAUUCUGGAAAGGCGUUUUAUGAGCGAUACAUCGGACUCGCUGAAAAGACGGAGCCUUUCAUCAGGGCAUCAGGAUCCGACAGAGUUAUCAUGUCGUCUCACAACUUCACACAAGGUUUCUAUGCCUCUCGAGGAGAGUCUGGAGAUGACUACACCGAUGGCAUUCUGGUAAUUCCCGAGGAGCCCGGUAGCAACAACACACUGUCACAUGGAACAUGUAGCUCGUUCGAGGACAACGAUGAGAUAGGUGAUAACAGUGCGCAGACCGCCUGGGGAAACAAAUUCCUGCCUCCUAUUCGGGAUAGACUGAACAGGAAUCUGCACAAAGCCAAAUUGUCGUUACAGGAGACGAUCUAUCUCAUGGAUCUGUGCCCUUUCAACACAGUCAACACUCCUGAUGGUGUAGGACAAUCCCGUUUCUGCGACCUUUUCUCUACAGAAGAUUGGCGAAGCUACGAUUACUACAUGACUCUAGGCAAAUAUUACGAAUAUGGUAAUGGCAACGCAAUGGGACCGACACAGGGCGUAGGAUACGUCAACGAGCUUGUUUCUCGAUUGACGAGGAAGCCUGUUAAUGACCACACCACAACCAAUCGCACGUUGGACGCCAAUCCUGAGACAUUUCCCCUGGACAGGGCGCUAUAUGCGGACUUUAGCCACGACAACACUAUGGUGUCUAUUUUCUCAGCAAUGGGUCUGUACAACUCGACAAGCAAGCUACCGAAACACCAUAUCGUGCCAGCUAUCCGAACACAUGGCUACUCAUCGGCAUGGGUAGUCCCCUUCGCUGCGCGAAUAGCCGGUACCAGCGCCAAGCCCACUGUAAGCAGCCCUAGUUCGUGGGCGCUGACAGAAGUGGACCACCCUAAGCUUUUCCCGUCCAGUCCUCCAGCGCUCAUUACAUCUCAGUCGAAACCCAGAGUUUGGACGAACCACCGCCACCUCAUCCCAACACGACAAGCCAAAGUCAAACAAAGGACACCAAAGUUCACUUGCGAAAAUAACCCUUCAUUUCGGAAGCGGGAUCACAGAAAGAUGGUGUCGACGGCAGGAGGCAUCGUGAUCGCCAUUAUUGUCCUUCUCGUUGCAGGAGCUGUUGGAUGGGUUGUAUUCACACAGCUUCGUGCUCGCAGACUCGGCCUCCCCCCUCCAAGUCUUGCAUCGUAUCUACCAUGGCAUAAGGAAGAUAGCGGCUAUGGAAUACAGCCCGCUCCUAGCGGCAUCGCUGGCUGGUUCAACGACAAGAUUCGCAAAUUCAAGAACCGUAACAACCGAUCCGCCGCUGGCGCUUACGAGCAAUCCGGUGGUGCUCGCGGCCGUCGAGGCUUUGGUCCACUGGAUCCUGAUGAAGCGUGGGACUCGCGCGUUGGAAACGAAGCAGACCAAUAUGGAUACUAUGAGGAGGACGUUGGUGGUCGCGGCCGGGACACCGGAUACGGCGGUGGUUACAACAUGAACCUCGCGGCGACGCCGGGAUUGCCGGGCGGUCGAGGUUUCGAUGAAGAGGAGGAUAGGGGGCGUAGAGCAAGCAGAAGCCCUGCAUCGGGACCCGGAGGGCGAAACCCGUUCGACGACGAUGCUGGUUCAAGUUUGCGCGGCGUGAGCCCUCGACCUAUCGACACGGGAGUUGCGAAACCCAAGAACAGAAGCGGCAGCGCCGAGAGCAGUCCGACAGAGCGACGGUCUGUGUUUAGGGAGAACAUGUAA